UCCACACAGGACAGAAACCAUUUGAAUGUGAGGAUUGUGGACAUAGAUUUACCGAAAAGAGUAGUUUAAAAUCCCACAUGAAUGUCCACACAGGACAGAAACCAUUGGAAUGCAAGGAUUGUGGACAUAGAUUUACCAAAAAGAGUAGUUUAAAAUCACACAUGAGUGUCCACACAGGACAGAAACCAUUUGAAUGCAAGGAUUGUGGACAUAGAUUUACCAAAAAGAGUAGUUUAAAAUCACACAUGAGUGUCCACACAGGACAGAAACCAUUUGAAUGCAAGGAUUGUGGACAUAGAUUUAGCCGCAAGAGUAAUUUAGUCAAACACAUGAGCGUCCACACGGGACAGAAACCAUUUGUAUGUAAGGACUGUGGUCAUAGAUUUAGCCGGAAAGAUAUUUUAAUCUCACAUAUCAAAGUCCACACAGGACAGAAACCGUUUGUAUGUGAGGUCUGUGGACAUAAAUUUAGCCAGAAGACUAAUUUAAAUCAACACAUGAGAGUUCACACAGGACAGAAACUGUUUGUAUGUCAAUUCUGUGAACAUAAAUUUAGCCACAAGACUCGUUUAAACUUGCACAUGAGCAUCCACACAAGACACAAACCGUUUGUAUGUAAGGACUGUGGGCGUAGAUUUAGCCGGAAGGCUAAUUUAAUCUUACACUCGAGAAUCCACACAGGGCAGAAACUGUUUGCAUGUGAGAUCUGUGGACAUAGAUUUAGCCAGAAGGGUAAUUUAAUCUUGCACUUGAGAAUCCACAC